AUGGGAUUUGUCGGAGAACAUUCCGAGAUAACAUGGCUCUAUAGGUUGAGGCGAAUGCUUGAACGCUCCAGUCCUGUCACUCCCAGUCCCAAAGAGAGUUGGGAUCGCCAGUCAGUUGCGUCUGUGAGCUUUUUCCCCGACGAUUCGGACAUCCCUGUCAUAGAUAAUGUCGAUCCUAUGCAGCGGCCUUCCCAGGUGCUUGCUGACCAGCUUGUGGAUACUUACUUCUCCAUCAUCCAUCCUUUCUUCCCGAUUAUCGGCAAGGCGAUCUUCUUGAGGCAGUACAAGUCUUUCUACUCAACUCCUUUCGUGCGGCCAGGAAAGAGAUGGCUUGCCAUACUAAACCUAAUUUUUGGUAUUGCUGCGAGGUACUGUCACCAGAUGCAGUCUGACGCCCGAGAUACACCAGACGAUGGGCCCUUAUACUUUUCACGGGCAUGGAAACUCAGUAUGAGCGACGUGGCUCUAUUGGAUCAUCCGAAUCUACAACAGGUGCAAGUGGAGGGUCUAACAUCGUUCUAUCUCCUUUCAGUGGGACAAGUCAAUAGGUGCGUAUUGUCUAGUCGUAUCCCCAAGCUUAGCUCUAAUCUCUCCAUUUAUUACGCAGGUCGUGGAGAAUAUGUGGUACCUCAAUAA